UAAAGUAAUGUUAUCACUAACUCUUCCGGUAGCAAAUAGCAAUAACUGAUAAAUUAAAUUUUUAAUAUUUAGGUAGUCAAAAUGUAGUCAAUUCGUACGUGAUAUUUCUUUUAGCACUAAAAAAUGAAAUAAAAUUUGCAUAACCAAAGAUUUAAAUGAAAAAUGAUUUUUGAUUUUUAAAUUAACACUAUGUUAGAUCAGGAACCUGGUGGUUGGACAAAUUUAUUUCCAACCAAAAAAUCAUUGCUCAUAUUUAUCUUAUAUAUAUUUCUAUCAAUUAAUCAUGGUUUGUUAGUAAAAAUAUCACAGAACACAGGCACAGGGUCCUAUAAUUAUAAUGUAAUUUCUGCAGUAUUAUUGACUGAGCUAUGUAAACUUGUGAUAUCACUUAUACUGUUUUGGAAAGAUAAUCCUUUGAAAAAUAUAAUUGACCAAAUUAAAGAAAAUAAAAUAAUGUUAUUUUUGUAUAUGAUACCAGCAUUAUUGUACUGUUUUUAUAACAAUUUGGCAUUUGUAAAUCUUUCAAUAUUUGAUCCUACAACAUACUUCAUUCUUCUUCAACUACGUGUCAUAUUGAUUGGUGUGAUUUACCAAUGUUUAUUUAAAAAAAGACUCAGUAAAAUUCAGUGGUUUUCAUUACUUCUCUUAACUUUUGGUUGUAUUGUUAAAGAACUAAAAAUAGAUGAAGCUAGUGAACUUCGAUCUUUUAGUAUUAUAAAUGGUAUUCUUUUAAUGUCAGCCCAAAUAUUUUGUUCUUGUCUUGCUGGUGUUUAUAAUGAAUAUUUGCUCAAAAAUGGUCAUGGAAGUGAGGUUAAUGUAUAUGUACAAAACAUUUUUAUGUAUGCAGAUUCCAUGUUGUGUAAUUUUAUAUUGUGGUUAUCAGUUUCACAUCAAACAGAUUCUAAUCCAAUGCAAUUGGAUAUUCUAACAAAUUUUUGGGCAAUGUCUAUUGUGAUUAAUAGUGCUAUUUAUGGUAUAGUUACCAGUUUACUUUUAUGCUGUUUAAACUCAAUUAUGAAAGUAUUUGCAACUGCUAUUGAGUUAAUUCUUAUUGCUUUAUUGUCGUGGAUAAUAUUAGGAUAUCAAGUAACUCUUCAAACAAUAGUUGGUGUAUGUAUAGUAUCUGGCUCUGUUAUAAUUUAUGCUAAACAUCCUGUGACUAAAACUGAUGAAAAAUCUAAAGAAAGUUCUAUAAAGUAUUCUAACAAUGUGUGACAAAUGAAAUUAUACAAUCAGAAAAUAACUUUAAAAAAAUAAAAAAGUUCUGAAAACUAAAUUUUUUAGGAAAAAAAUAAUGUUAACAUAAAUAGAGUGGACAUAAUUAUUGUUUUUUUUUUAAAUUUUAUUCCUAUUAUAUUCUAAUGUUCUGUAUUUAAUUUUAUCAAGUUAUUACGUCUUGUAUUUAGUAUGUUUCUAUAUAUAAAAAAAAAAUUAAAUUAGUAUUUUUUGCAUAUUGAUGUCUGAAUAUAUUAUAGGUACUUUUAUCAUAAUAUUGAUUUAUUAAAAAAAACAUUUUUUAUUAACUAGUCAAUAAUUAAAUUAUUAAAAAGUUUUCAUAUUUUAUGAUGUAUAACUUUAUACUAUACAAUACUUAUUAGUUACUACAAUUGUUACCCAUACAAUUAUUUAUUUUUUGAUAUUGUAGACUAUUUUUAUUUAAAAAAAUUUUACACAAACUAAAUAACAGUAUUAUUUUGUAAGUGAUUAAGAAAAUUUGUAUUAUUUAUUAAAAGGGUCUAGAAUUAUAUAAAUUUAUAUUUUUAGUUAUUCUGAACACAUUUUCAACCAGUAUAAAUUUUUAUUGAUUGAAUUGGAAACAUAGUAAUUUGUUGUAUCCAAGGUUACAGUUUUUUUUUUUGAAGGUUGUUAGGGGGUUUAUUCUCCUUAUAACAAAAAAAUUUUUUAUGCUACUGUAUGAUACUACAGAAAAUUUGUACAACAUUUUUUCAAAUUUUAAAGAGAUUAAGUUAUUCCAAGCCCAUUUUUUGCACUUCUGUUGUUAAUAUUAAACAAAAAAUCUCAGCUUCACAUUGAGUUUAAAAGUUUAGUUUGUGUUAUGUAUAGGCAAUUGUUUAAUUUUUUGUUUAUUUUUAUGUAAAUAGUAACAUAAAAUAUAUAUUUAUUUGUAAUGUUAAGUUGAUGUUACAAUAAACAAGACUAAUAAAUAUCAACUUAUUUGACAAAAUUAA